AUGGAGGGCUCACCAGCCACAAAGAAGUCAAAGCCUGAUCAGAAGAAGCUCCCUCAACCCCCCUCGACCCCCCCUCAUGACCCAACAACCGAAAGCACAAGCUCGCCCCCGCCAACCGAAACCAAAAGCUUGCUUUCUCGACCACACAAGGACAGUAUCCAUGGAACCUUGGCUGUUGCGAUGGCCUUGCUAUCCGAAGGUCCUCAGGGUGAGGGAGCUGUACUCCUAGAUCAGGCCGGGCAAUUCAUUGCAGCCCGUGCCCGCGCUCCUCUGAUGGAUGCGGCGGCUGCGUUGCUUUAUGACCAUGGUCUCCAUGCGUGUGCAGGCGGCACCUUGUUUCUCGCCAAUUUUCCACAAACGGAAGAUACAAUCAAGCUCCUAUUCCAAGCCAAUUUGAAACGCAUCGUUCUGGUUCCCGUGGCCAUGACUGUGCCUCAAGAAGCCAAUAAAGGCCUGCCUGCCGAACCUACAGGAGGGACUCUGCCUCAAGAAGCCAAUAAAGGCCUGCCUGCCGAACCUACAGGAGAGACUCUGCCUCAAGAAGCCAAUAAAGGCCUGCCUGCCGAACCUACAGGAGGGACUCUGCCUCAAGAAGCCAAUAAAGGCCUGCCUGCCGAACCUGCAGGAGGCAACCAGAUUAUCUGGUCGCGGUUGAGCCGAUCCAGCCCGACCAUGGUGUCAACUUUGAUUCCAGAGAUAAAUUUUCCGAGCGAGAAGACACCAGUGGCUGACUCUAUCGGCACGCCUGGCAAAGUCGCAGAAAAACGGAGUGACCGCUGGUAUGCUACUCAAGAUUGGAUUUCUUCCAUGAAAUUGCUGACAGAAGACAAAAUGAAACAGCUCGUCGCGGACUAUGAAGAUAUGCAUCAGGAGGCUUCCAAGAGUUUUAAAGCCUUUCAGAAGGCCUUGUUGAACCUUCUCUGGUUCACACCCGACUUUUCAUCCGAAAAGCUUCGUCCCACAGAUUUGAAACACCUCAAGUCAAGUUUUGGUCGAGAUUCUCGCCUCUAUGGGCCCUGGGCCGCUCAAGAAAGCUGCCAAGAACUCGACAUGAUGGAUAUUGUCGGCUACCUUGUGACUUAUCUUGUGUCACUGAGGAGCGAAGAUUCUGACCGCCGUGUCGGUGCUGCUCUGGUUCAAGACGAUGUGCUCAUAUCCUAUGGCUACAAUGCUUUCCGCAGUCAAGCCACGCAUUUUGAUCUUCCUCGUACCAAGAAGCAGAGCCAGCAGCAUACCACAAAGUAUCCCUAUGUCAUCCAUGCUGAAUGCAAUGCUGUUCUGUUCUCAAAGGUGACCAAUCUUGGAGAGGCACGGAUCUACACCAACUACUUUCCGUGUCUCAGUUGCUUUCGGAUCCUGGAGUACAAGAAGAUUCGAGACAUCCGAACUCAGGGCAUCUCAAAGUGGAACUAUGACGACUACGAAAAGGAUUUUGCUCACAGCCAAGCCGAAUUUCAGCUCGGCUUUACAGGUCGCAAGGAGCAGCCUUCAAGAGCAACCUCGGACACUCGCCCAAAAAAGCUCGAACUCUGACAGUUGGUCUUAAAGUGCCGUGGCCGAUUGUCUUGACUUGUUGUUGUUUUUCAUUGUUCGUUCUCCCUUUGCACUUUGCUUUGCUGGGUCAUCAAUUCAAAAGUUCAGUCUG